GAAGCCUGCCGAAGCGUCUGCGUGACGUCAUGUUGGAGCUGGUUGGAGCAGAAGAGAUAAAAGAACGGUCGUAGGAAAGGAGUUCUGUUUCUUGGUGUACCUCUCGGUGCUGUAAAAGAUUGUCCGCGCGUUUCGUCAGUCUCGCGUAUCGUCGAAAUGUCGUACGCGUAUCUGUUCAAAUAUAUUAUUAUCGGGGACACAGGAGUUGGAAAGUCCUGUCUUCUUCUUCAGUUUACGGAUAAGAGAUUUCAGCCAGUCCAUGAUUUAACAAUAGGAGUCGAGUUUGGUGCUCGUAUGAUUACUAUUGACAGCAAGCAAAUUAAACUGCAGAUAUGGGACACUGCAGGCCAAGAGGCAUUUCGUUCUAUAACAAGGUCAUAUUACCGUGGAGCAGCUGGAGCUUUAUUGGUAUACGACAUUACACGUAGAGAAACUUUUAAUCAUCUUACAACAUGGCUGGAGGACGCAAGGCAACAUUCAAAUUCCAAUAUGGUUAUCAUGUUAAUCGGCAACAAAAGUGAUCUAGAUAGUCGAAGAGAAGUAAGGAGAGAAGAAGGUGAAGCUUUUGCACGAGAGCAUGGUCUUGUCUUUAUGGAGACCAGUGCUAAGACUGCAGCCAAUGUAGAAGAAGCUUUCAUCAAUACGGCAAAAGAAAUUUAUGAAAAAAUACAGGAGGGUGUCUUUGACAUUAAUAAUGAGGCAAACGGCAUUAAGAUUGGACCACAACAUUCGCCAACAAGUCCUGGAGGUUUAGCAGGAACUGGUGGACAAGGUAGUGCGCAGGGUGGUGGGUGCUGCUAGGGGCUGGGGCUUAUCUGUCCACCAAUUCAUCCUUCUUCGAUCUGAAUUGAUCCUACUUCUGUUCUUCAUUUUUAUCCGAACACACUUACUUUGUACAACUUAAUUUCGCGCAUGUCGCGUCAUGAGGUAACAAGUGACAAUUGAUGUAUUUAUUAGUUAAAAUAAUCUUAUACACGUAAUAUAAAUAGGAUUAUUGUAAGACGAAAAUGUUAUACAUCACGAAAAUCAUGAAGCAUUAAUAAAGUCUUUGU